GGAAGAGACAUCCAACAGAGCUCUUAAAAAUGGCGGGAAAGGACUACAACCAUCUCUUCAAGCUUCUAAUCAUCGGAGACUCCAAUGUAGGGAAAAGCAGUCUACUUCUGCGGUUUGCAGACAACUCCUUCUCUGGCAGCUACAUCACUACAAUCGGUGUGGACUUCAAAAUUCGUACCAUAGACAUUGAUGGGGAAAGAGUUAAACUGCAGAUCUGGGACACAGCAGGGCAGGAGAGAUUCCGAACUAUCACCUCCACAUACUACAGAAACACCCAUGGAGUAAUCAUUGUUUAUGAUGUCACUAAUCCAGAAUCUUUUGUGAAUGUGAAGAGGUGGCUAAAUGAGAUUUCUCAGAACUGUGACAACGUUUGUAAGAUUUUGGUGGGGAACAAAAAUGAAGACCCCACCAGGAAACAGGUGGACACCCAGGAUGCCUUGCGGUUUGGGGAGUCAGUGGGAGUCAGGGUGUUUGAGACAAGUGCCAAGGAGAACAUUAACGUAGAAGAGAUGUUUAUGGAAUUCACUCACAUGGUUCUCCGGGCAAAGAAGCAAAGCCAGAUUCGUACAGAGAAAGAAAGGGAAAGAGAGAAGGACACGGUUCAUAUCAACUCACAUAGAGACAGAGAAAGGAGGAAGAGGGGGAAAAAGUGUUGCUGAAUUAUAGGACCAAUGAAGAAAAAGACAAACAACUGUUCAGACAAUGGCCCUGUUUACAUCUCUAAACAUGAUUGAGAGCAACUAAUUGGGGAAAAAUCCCAACCUAGACUAUUGAAUAUAACAUGGAUAAUGGAGGUGUGCAAAGUAAUGUUUUUUUAUACACAAUUAAUAGACUUAUUAUUGAAUGGUUCUAUGUUUUCAGAAGAGGCUACACUGGGUAAAAAGGGGUUUGGUUUGAAAUGAAUAGGAUAGACCAAGGGAGAGUUCUGCCAAAGUCUAUCACCACUGAAUGGGGAAAAGACUGGAAUUAAUUUUGACUUUGCACUAAGAAUGGGUGUCAAGAUUUGGCAGUGAACCACUUAUGUGCCAAACUUCUUUUGAAGUUAUUUGUGUUUAUUAAUGUAAUUUUAUCAUUGAAAUGGAAACCACUUCUCAGAAAUGUAAAAACGAUCAUUAAAACCCUAAUCUAG